AUGGAGGAGCUGCUCGAGCGGGAGAUCAGGGAUCUCCGAGAGCAGCAGGCCCAACUCGAAGAGGAACUCAUGGCUUUAGAUGUGGCGACGCGGAGGGCCCCCUGCAGUGGCGGUGGUCUCAUUGAUGUGAACACACUUCAGCCCACAGCUCCCACGAUCGCCGCUACGCGAGAAGCAGCGACGGUAGAUGCGGCAUUUACACUUCAUUCGGUAGAGACACGACUUGAGCAGUUGGAGGAGAUGCGACGCCGACAGCGACGGGCAGCCAAUCGGGCCUUGCGGAAUUACUUCACUGCUGUGAGCGACUACCCGAGUUAUCAGGCCACACGUGAACGGCGGCUGCAGGAGGCGCGUGGUUUCUCCUUUGAAACGCGAGAACUGCAGAGAUCCCAGCGUAUCCGCACACGCCGGAUGUUGGAGGAACAACAACAGAGAGAACAAGAGGAACAGGGACCACAACAACGAUUGUCUGGGGAGGAACCCCGUCAAUUCCGUGCGAGUCCAGUGCCGCCCUCAACAUAUAUGAACAAGUACGCUCUCAUGGUGGAGGAGUGGCGGCAGCGGCGGGCCGCCGUGGAGGAACUCGCCCUCGCAAGAGCCGAACGCAUGCAGGAGGCCGCGGCGUAUCGUCAAAUGACCGCAGAGAGUCUUCGACAAACACGCGAAGUGAUGGGCGUGCGGCGCAGCGAUAAACCAAAACGGGCACAAAGUGCUAGUGGUGCUGAAACUGCAGAGAAUCGACGGAAAGUUGUGGAGUUACGGGAGAUUCCAUUAGAGGUGAAGAUGAAACUUUGGCCAGCACUUGAGGAACAUCAGCAAGUAAGGAAUGCACGCAUUAAACAGCGGGCGGUGGAACGACUAAGGGAGAUGAAGGAAGAAGAGUCCCAUCGUAUGGCACUUCUUCAAAGUGCACAACAACAGGAACCCCAAUUUGGUAUAACCCUCGCUGCGCUACAACAGCAAUUAGGACCAUUACCACCACCUGUUGUGCCUGUUGGUGGACCAAUUGUGGCACCAUCUACCCAACAAGGUGGCGCACCUCAAUUAACUGUGGUAGGUGGUGUUAAUACCACUGCUCCUACUACUGCACCUACUACUAUGCCUAUGCCUACUCCUGUUACUACUACUGCUCCUCUUACUGUGCCUACUACUAUGCCUACUACUGCUACUACUACUGUGUCUAUGCCUAUGCCUAUUCCUACUCCUGUUACUACUACUAUGACUAUUCCUGUUUCUGUACCUGUUAUGACAACACCAGUAACAACUGGAGCCGCAAUAGGGGCUGUUACUUCUCAACCCUAUGUCCCGACACCAUCUGUAGCGAUAAAUAAAGAUAAAGAGGGGACCUCUGCGGUUACUGUGAAGAAGCAAGUUGAAGGUACAACACAACCUCACUCAAAAAGUCCAAGUCCUACUGUUGCAGCAAAAUACAACAAGAAUUUGACUUUUAAACCAAAAAUUCGAGAUGGAGUACCCAAUUUUAAUGCUUUAUGGGCAGAGGAGCGCUUAACCUUAGCGGAACGUAAACGUAAAAAGCAGCCCACUAGUGUACAACCUUUUAAUUUAACAACCUCUGUAAAGGAUACUGUUGUUCGGGGUCGCUCAGCGGUGCUGUCGAAUCGUUUCAUAUCAUCAUCAUCUACACAUCAGCGAUGUAGAUCUGCUGGAAAUAAAACACAACCCAUACGAUCAGUUUCACAGCAUAGUGAAAAAGAGGAAAAAAAUAAAAAAAUUGUUCCAAAAGGAACCCGUGCCCACGCAAUGCGCACACAGGCAGUAUUCAGCAAAUAUAUUACUUCAUCAGAAGCAAAAGCUCCUGGUGAGCCUGAAAGAGAGGAGGUUAGAGCAUUAAAGGAGGCCUACCGGCGGCAAAAGAUAGUAAAUGCAAGGUUAAAAGAAUAUGUGAAGAACAGUCGAUGUAAUACAGAUGCUGUUAUAAAAGAAAAAGUACGUGCACUUCGUCGACGAACUCGUGAAAUGGAACGUGAAGCUGCAGAACGUCUUGAAGAGAUGCGUACACGUGUAGCACAAAUACCUCCCAUUUUUGUAGAGCCUACACAUUUACAUGAUAUUGCGAAAGCACGUGCAGAAACAGAGAAGGAAAUUAUGCAAAUGCUAAAAGACAGUGGAUUAGAUGGUACGACUCUUACUGCAAUAUUGGGAAGUGGUACUGGUAAUAAUGAUGCAGUAAUUCCAGAAACAAUUGAUAAGGUGGAAGCAGCAGAAGUGGUUAAUGCUGCAGUGGAGACAAAGAAGGAAGAAAGUUUGCUACAGCAAGGGGUUGAAGAAAGUGUCAAGAAGGAAGUAGAGAAGAAGUCCACUGAUGACUCCUCAACAUCUGAAAGUGAAACUGAUAGCAGCAGUGAAAGUGACAGUGAAAGUGAUACAAGUAGUAGCGUUAGCAGCCGCAGUAGCAAGAAGAAAACUGGGGGUCAGUAUGAUGAUGAUUUUGAAAGCAGUUCUACAUCUUCAUAA